AUGAAAUUCACAGCUGCUGUUUCCGUUUUGGCCGCAGCCGGCAGCGUUUCUGCUGCCGUCUCCAAGGUCUCUAUCAACAAGAUGUCGACUGCCGAGCUCCUCGGAAAGGAGAACGGUUUCGAGGACCAUCUCCGAAUGAUGGGCCAGAAGUACAUGGGCAAGUUCCAGAAGCUGGGCGAGUUCAACGAGCUGGCCAGCAUCCAGGACGUCUCAAACUCUCCCCUCACGAACUACCUCAACGCUCAGUACUACACUGAGAUUGAGAUCGGAACCCCUCCCCAGAAGUUCAACGUCAUUCUCGAUACUGGCUCUUCUAACCUGUGGGUCCCCUCCGUCCAGUGCAACUCUAUUGCCUGCUACCUGCACCAGAAGUACGACUCCGCCGCUUCGUCCUCUUACAAGGCUAACGGUACUGCUUUCGAGAUCCAGUACGGUUCCGGCUCCAUGGAGGGCUUUGUGUCCCAGGACACCCUUAAGCUCGGCUCUCUUGUUCUCCCCGAGCAGGACUUUGCUGAGGCCACCUCCGAGCCCGGUCUCGCCUUUGCCUUCGGAAAAUUCGAUGGUAUCCUUGGUCUCGCUUACGACACCAUCUCUGUCAACAAGAUUGUUCCUCCUGUUUACAACGCUGUGAACCGAGGUCUCCUUGACAAGAACCAGUUCUCCUUCUUCCUCGGUGACACCAACAAGGGCACUGACGGAGGUGUCGCUACCUUUGGUGGAGUUGAUGAGGACUACUUUGAGGGCAAGAUCACUUGGCUCCCUGUCCGACGAAAGGCGUACUGGGAGGUUGAGUUCAACUCUAUUACUCUUGGUGACCAGACUGCUGAGCUUGUCAACACCGGUGCUGCCAUCGAUACUGGAACUUCCCUCCUUGCCCUUCCUUCUGGCCUUGCCGAGGUUCUCAACUCCGAGAUUGGCGCUACCAAGGGUUGGUCCGGACAAUACACCGUUGAGUGUGACAAGGUCGACUCUCUGCCCGAUCUGACUUUCAACUUCGCUGGAUACAACUUCACCAUUGGUCCUCGAGACUACACCCUGGAGCUCUCCGGAUCUUGCGUCUCUGCCUUCACUGGUUUUGACAUCCCUGCUCCCGUUGGCCCUAUUGCCAUCAUCGGUGAUGCCUUCCUGCGACGAUACUACUCUGUCUACGAUCUUGACCACGAUGCCGUUGGUCUGGCCAAGGCUAAGUAA